AUGGUGCUAUCGCAGGAUAGCGAUCCUUCACACGCUGUCAAAUCAAAUUUACCUGUUUCAGUAGUUGAAUAUUGCGAGAAUGGCCUCAAUUCUGCUGAAUGUCUCCGAAAUGAAAUAUCAAAGCUACGGCUAGAUUUGCGUCCAGUUACUGCUCAUCUGCCAGCCAACACAAAGCAAUAUUUACCUUUUGGAUCCUUAGAGUCUGAUUGGAAUAGACUACUGCAACUGGAAUCUUUACUUCCAGAAGAUCAUCACUUGAGGCAACAACUCACAAGAUCUUUCCUGCUUCUUGUCCAGGCAGUGAGAGAAGCUUUAGAAUAUCAACUUAGUAAAACUACAACGAUCAGAAGUCAGAGUGAUGACGCCGUCACUACUAAGUAUCAACCAACCACUGAUGCACCAGAGUUUCAAUCAGAAAAUGAAAUAUCUGAAGAUGAAUAUGAAGUUAUAGUAGAUUCUAAGACUACUCCGAAAAUAAUAAAUGAUAAUUUUGAAGAAGAUGUGGAUGUUGCAAACGGGAAAGAAGAUUUCGAAGCAAAGGCACAGGAUGAAGAAAAUUUUAAUAAGAGUAAUGAAGCAAUAGAACUACAUGAUAAAUCAGAUGAGGGUGAUAAGGAUACCAUGGAUAAAAUUAUAGUAACAGAAGAAAAAAAAUAUGCAGGUCAAAGUGGAGAGAAAGAAGUGUCUGUAAAAGCACUUGAUUCGAACGUUGAUUCAAAAGAAAAAACAAUAAUCGAAGAAGAAAUUUCUAAUGGUAACAACGAAAAAGCAGAAGUUGGUGAGGAAUCUGGAAAAGGCAACAAAGAUUCAGUAAAAACAAUUAUCGUUGCAAGUGAAGAAGAUAGUUCUAGCGAAAGCGGAGAGAAAAAGCUUUCAGUUAGAAAACUUGAUACCAUUAUUAAUUCUUCUGAAGAAAACUCGGAAUCUGUAGGUGAUUUUAAUUUGGCGAAAGCGGAAGGUUUAGUAGGAGAAGAUAUGCGUGAAAAAGACAAGGAUCACGAGUCUGAUGAAAAUUCUUCUCAAAAUUUUGAUCACGAAGAAAAGAAAGAUGGUCCUGAACAACACACCGAUCCUGAAAACUCUGUUGAAUCUGUCAAUGAUGAUGUGCAUCAAACAACAAUUCUUACAACUUCAGAAGAUUUAUCGGAAAUGAACGCAGGUAUAAAUUUUCCAGUUAUUAAUCAAGACGAGAUAAUAGAAAAUUUGCCAAAAGAUCAAGACGAAUUAGAUGAAACUCCAAUUGAAACUACAGAGACUGAUUUAGAGACGGAUAAGGAAAAGGAAAGUUUAAGUAAUUUGGAACAUGGUGAAAUAAUGACUACUGAAUCUGCGCAUACUACAACUGAAAAAUCAAAAGAAAUGAUUAUAGAAAAUACAAAGAAUCUACAAAAUGAGGAUAUUGAAACUAUUACGGACAGUGCUAUUGACGAAAAUGAAACAACAAUCGACGAAGAGCUGCAUGAUAUUGUAUAUCCUGGUGUAGAUUCAACAACUGAAUAUGAACCGCCAGUUAUUUUUACAGAUACUACUAUUGGAAUAUCGAACACUGAACAACUUGAAUCUCGAGAUGAACUACAGACUGAAGAACAUAUUCCACACACUUUAGAAAACGUAGAUGUAUUUGGGCCUGAAAUUCAAUAUACAACUGAUGAAAAUGGACAUACUGAUUUGCACCUAUUGUACCUAAUAAAGUGGCAAGACACACAACACGCAAUUAUUUGGUAG